AUGGCUGAUCCUGUUAGAAAUGAGAAACCGAAGCCCGAUUUUCGACUAAUGGAUCUCAAUUUUUGGUGUCGGCUGCAAAUGAUCUCUCAUUGGGAUAUUAAAAAACAGAAAUUAUUUAUUGCGAUGGCACGAAUAGAUGAUGAAAGGGAUUAUAUGGAGGAUAUGCUGGAAUUCUUGCUUCCGUCCAAAACGCUCCUAAUUUCCGAAAAUCCGUACGAUUCGUAUCAAGAAUUUCGAGACCCAAUUUUGCAGUUCGAGUAUGAAACUUUGGUCUCAAAAUAUCCCAAACAAAUUGAUCUACUAGAUCUCAAAUCAAUCAAUAUUGAAAUUAACCUGAAGAGUCCUCCUUUCCAAAGACGACGGCGUUUAACUACUCAACAAUUCCAAGGAUUCGUCGAAAAAUGGAUCAAAUCAGAAGCCAAUCCCAAAUUCAAAACAAUCGUUAUCCAUGCCGAUUCAAGAGAGGUUGAAGAGUAUUAUCAGGAAAAAAUACUCGACGGAUUACUGUAUCAACAAUUGCCAAAUGAUUGGACAUGCGAAAGUUUUCCAAGAGGCCCGUUUUCGAGGGAAUAUAUGACUGAUAAUGGAAUCUACGAGGUCCAGCGAGAAGCCGAUGGACAGAAGGCGGUUGUUUGCUUCCAAUCAUUUGCCAAAGUGGUUUUAUGGAAAUUUUUUGUUGCUUAA